CUAGUGAUCAGCCCGAGAGGAUCAGAGGGUCAACAAUGGAGCUUGGGCCGGAGGAAAAAGAACAUCCACGGAACCUGAUUCCAGAGCUCUGCAAGCAGUUCUAUCAUUUGGGCUGGGUAACUGGGACUGGUGGCGGCAUCAGCCUGAAAUAUGGUGAUGAAAUCUACAUUGCUCCAUCGGGUGUUCAGAAGGAAAGGAUCCAGCCGGAUGAUUUAUUUGUCUGUGACAUAAAAGGAUGUGACAUCUCUGGUCCUCCACUCUCGAAGAAGCUAAAGAAAAGUCAAUGCACACCUCUCUUUAUGAAUGCUUAUACCAUGCGAGGAUCUGGAGCAGUCAUACACACGCACUCCAAAGCUGCUGUCAUGGCAACCCUCCUCUUCCCAGGAAAGGAGUUUCAAAUUACACACCAAGAAAUGAUUAAAGGAAUCAGGAAAUGUCAAUCCGGAGACUAUUACAGGUAUGAUGAUCUGCUGGUGGUCCCUAUUAUAGAAAAUACACCAGAAGAGAAGGACCUGAAGGAACGAAUGGCUCGUGCCAUGGAGGAGUACCCAGACUCCUGUGCUAUCCUAGUUCGGCGCCAUGGCAUCUAUGUGUGGGGGAAGACAUGGCAAAAUGCUAAAACAAUGUGUGAAUGCUAUGAUUAUCUGUUUGAUAUCGCUAUACAAAUGAGACAAUGCGGCCUCGACCCAUCUCACCAUCCAAUAGAAGAAAAGGGCAUUGUCUAAGAGUCUGUGGGCAGGAAAUAACUUUGGCCCAUAGCAAAGCUCUUCUGUAAACCUAAAGUCCUCUGUACACGAUGAAAGUAUCUUUAAUCAUUGACUGCUGCAUGAACUUCAGAAUCUGGCUGACCAUGUGAGCAGAGCUGAACUACAGUAUGGGUGAAUAAUGGAUGGCAAAUAUUUCAAGUGUGGAUUGUUUUAUGCAUUCAUAUGCAAUGGUCUCUUAAUCACUAACAUCAGGCUCAGCAAAAUUGGUUGAGUGUUUUAUAGUUAAUCAAAAUCACCUUUGCAAGGACUGAGCAAGUGGCAACCAAACUCCCUUUAGGCACAUCAACCCCAAGGUUUCAGCUUGCAAUCAUCAUGGAGGUCACUUGUGAGACAAAAUGAUCAGAGAGCUAUUGAAUCCUACAAGUCCUUUCCUACAGCUAAUUUUAAAUGAAUAUGUAUCCUGCUGUCAUAAGUUAUCAUCAUCGAGAGAUGGUAGCAUAUCUUAGUGGUAACGCUACUGCACUAGUAAACCAGAAGCCCAGGCUAAUUCUUGGAAACACAAGUUCAAAUCUCAGAACAGAUGGUGAAAUUUAAAUUCAAUUAAUUAAUAACUCAGUGAUGAUGAUCAUGAAACGAAUGAUUUGCCAUAAAAAGCCAUCUGGUUCUUUGCCGUCCUGAAAUCUGCCAUCCUUAACUGGUCUGGCCUACAUUUGCCUAUAGACCCACAGCAGUAUGGUUGACUCUUAAUUAUGUUCUGUAAGUUACUCAGUUUAUCAAACUGCGACAAAAAAGCCAAAAAGGGAUGAAAGUGGAUGGACCACCUGGCAUUGACAUAGGCACUGGAAAGAAUAAAGGCACACCACAUUGGGAAAGCUGUCCCACAACUAGUCAGUAACAGCCUGACAUAGUUACAGCCAAUGUCCUAGACUCCUCUAUCCCCAUCCAUGGGUAGGUCCUGUCCCAGUGACAGGACAUACCACCAGAGUUGGUGUCAUAGUGGUAUACAGUCAGAAGUGGAGUCCUCAAUAUUGACUCCAGACCCUAUAAUGUCUCAUGAAUCAGUACUCCUCCAUGUUGAUAGCAGCAGAAUUGUAUUCAUGCACAAUCUGUAACCUUGUGGCUCAGCAUAUUCCUCACUCAAUCGUUACCAUCAAGCCAGGGAUCAACCCUGGUUCAAAGAAGAGUGUUCGAACCAGGAGCAGCUGCAGGUACACAUAAAAAUGAUGACCCAACAUGGUGAAUCUACAACAUGACUACAUGCCAAACGGUGGAAACAGCAUGUGAUAGACAGAGCUAAGCAACCCAACAACCAAUGAUUUUGAUCAAAGCUCUGCAGUCCUGCCACAUCCAGUCACUAAUGGCAGUGGGCAAUUAAACAACUAACCAGAGGAAGAGGCUCCAUAAACACCCCCAUCUUCAAUGAUGGGGGAGCCCAACACGUUAGUGCAACCAUCUUCAGCCAGAUAUGUCGAGUGAUCUUAGCCUCCUCCUGAGCUCCCCAGCAUCACAGAUACCAGUCUUCAGCCAAUUCUAUUCACUCCAAUUGAUGUCAAGAAAUUACUAAAAGCACUGGAUACUGCAAAGGCUACGGGCCUUAACAACAUCCCAACAGUAGCUCUAAAAGCUUUUUCUUCGGAUUAACUCCACCUCCAACCAAGUUGUUCCAAUACCACUAAAACACUGGCAUUUUCUGACAAUGUGGAAAAUUGCCCAGGUAUGUCCAUCCACAAAGGCAGGACUUUUCAGUCCAGCUAAUUACCUUCCACCAGUCUGCUCUCAAUCAUCAGCAAAGUGAUGGAAAGUAUCGUCGAGAGUGCUAUCAAGUGCCCUACUCAGCAAUAACCUGCUCACAGAUGUUCAGUUUGGAUUCUGCCAGGGGCCCUUGGCUCCAAACCUCAGCGCAGCUUUGGCCCAAACAUGGACAAAAAAAGUUGAAUUCCGGAGUUGAUGUGAGGUGAGGGCGACUGCCCUUGACAUGAAGGCAGCAUUUGGCCGAGUUUGGCAUCAAGGAGCCCUAGCAAAACUGAAGCCAAUGGGAAUCAAUGGGAAAGCUCCCCACUGGUUGGAAUCAUACCUAGCACAAAGGCAAGAUGGUUGUGGUUGUUGGAGGUCAAUAACCUCAGUUCCAGGACAUCACUGCAGGAGUUCCUCAGGCCCCUACAUCUUCAGCUGCUUCAUCAAUGACCUUCCAUCAUACAAUCAGAAAUGGGAUUGUUCGCUCAUGAUUUCACAAUGAUCGGUACCAUAUGUGACUCCUCAGAUAAUGAAGCAGUCUGUGCCUGCAUGCAGCAAGUCCUGGGCAACAUUCAGACUUGGUCUGAUAAAUGGCAAGUAAUGUUCAUACCACACAAGUGUCAGGCAAUGACAAUCUCCAAGAAGAGAGAAUCUAACCAUCCUCUCUUGGCAUUACAAUGGCUGAAUCCCCCACCAUCAACACCCUGGAGUUACCAUUGAUCAGAAACUGAACUGGACUAUCCAUGUAAAUACUGUAGCUACAAGUGUAGAUCAGAGGCUGAGAAUUCUGCAGCGAGUAAUUCACCUCCUGACUGCCCAAAGCCUGUCCACCAUCUACAAAUCAGGAUUGUAAUUUUAAUAUCAUUUGAAAUAAAUUUGCAGUAAUUAAAUGACCUGGAUUUUAUAAAA